AUGGAGGUGAUUGCUCUUGUAAACAGUGGCUCUACCGAUAACUUUGGCAGUGACAAGUUCGCAGAAAUCCUCAAAUUACCCGCAACACAGAUAAAGCCAAGUAACGUGAGAGUUGCUAAUGGAGGACAUUUGCAAUGCAGUGGAAAAUUUGAGCAUGUGCCCCUUCUGGUGCAAGGUAUAUCCUUUGCUGUUACAUUAUAUUCUUUGCCUUUAAUGGGUUUUGACAUGGUGUUGGGCGUUCAGUGGCUUAAAGAGCUGGGAGAUGUGAAUUGCAACUGGAAGAAUUUAACUAUGAAAUUUCACUGGGAUGGUCAGCUUCGCAUUCUUAAGGGGAUUAACAGUAAACCCAUUCAAUCAUGUUCCUCAAAGGAGAUGGCGAAGGAGCUGAGACAUGGGAGCUCUAUAUUUGCGGCUUGUUUCCAAUUACAGCAGGAAUCACCACCAGAAGAAAUCCAUCUGGAUAUGCUGCAAUUACUCAACCAGUACGCAUAUUUUCAAAAAGCUGAAAUUGAAAAACAAGUUCAUGAUAUGCUAAAAUUGGGGCAAAUCCGAACUAGCACAAGUCCUUUUUCUUCUCCUGCUUUACUAGUAAAGAAAAAAGAUGGGUCUUGGCGAUUCUGUACUGAUUAUAGAGCUUUAAAUAGCGUCACUGUCAAACACAGAUUUCCCAUUCCCACAGUGGACGAUAUGUUAGAUGAACUCCAUGGGGCUGCCUUCUUUACUAAAAUUGACCUUCGGGCAGGGUUCCAUCAACAUACACUUUUCAUCAAGCUCAGUAAAUGUGCAUUUGGGCAAAAACAAAUUGAAUAUUUGGGUCACAUUGUUUUUCAUGAAGGAGUUCUGGUGGAUCAAGGAAAAAUUCAGACAAUGCUUGAUUGGCCUAAACCCACUAAUGUUUCUGAUUUACGUGGUUUCUUAGGACUUACAGGUUAUUACAGAAAAUUUGUUCGAAACUAUGGGAUGAUUGCUCGGCCUUUGACAGAUUUGCUUAAGAAGGGAAAGUUCUCUUGGUCGGAAGAGGCAUAA